GCAACGAUCCUUAAAUUCAUCUCGAUUUGUCAAGUUAUCAAGCCCAGCUUCGUAUCAACAUCGUCAACAGGAUUGCCUAAAUGGCGGCAAUCACCGAUCGAUUUGUGCAGAACGUUCACAUGGACCAAGAAACUUCCACCUCUCUACAUGACAAAUUACUGGUCGGAUAUGGGAACGGUUAAAAUGACGAACACAGGGAAAACAGUCGUCAUAGAAAUUUCCGACAGAUCCCUACCUUUUCUGCGUGGUGGUCCAUUGAAGGACGAGUUUCAAUUUAUGAACGUGCAAUUCCGUUGGGGCGCUGAGAACUCGUGCGGCGCGGAGCACUCUAUAAACGGUAUUUGGUACUCGAUGGAGGCACAGGUGAUGCAUUGGAACACUCGUUACGGAUCGAUAGACAAGUGCUACGACAAACCGGAUGGUAUCGCUGUGCUCUCGUAUUUCAUGCAAAUUGCUUGCUUUGGAUGUUGGAAGGGUGCAAAGGUCACAGUUAUUAUACUUACAAGGGUUCUCUUACCACACCACCGUAUCAGGAAUGUGUUAUUUGGAUUAUUUCGCCGAUUGUGAACAAAAUAUCCGUUCGUCAGGUUUACCAGUAACAGGCCAAUCUCCAAUUAAUCUAGACGACAGAUUGGUACGAGAACGAAAAUAUCCUCCACUUGUUUUGAACGGCCACUGGAUGAACGAAGGUGAAGCGAAGAUGAUAAACAACGGUCAAACUGCGAAAAUAACUUUAAGCGGGAACAGGAUUCCAUCCACGAUUUGCGGUGGGCCGCUUGUAGACGACGUGUACGAGUUCGAAAGCGCGCAUUUCCAUUGGGGCGAGGACAAUUGCAACGGUGCCGAGCAUACGAUAAACAAUACCUGGUAUUCGAUGGAAGGCCACGUGAUACAUUGGAACAGAAAGUAUCAUACAAUGGAAGAAUGUUUCAGGCACAAAGACGGUAUCUGCAUUUUGGCGUAUCUAUUUUUGGUACGGGCCCAAUCACGAUCCCGAUGCCCCCCCUCUUUUCUCCCCAUCUCCCCUAUCUCUUUUAUCCUUUAUUGGUGGAAGUACAAAUUUCGCUUAAUUUCCAAAAAGGUGCAACCAGGUUGUUGUAAUUGCAUUAAUCCGCAAUUGGAAAGGAUAACGGAGAACUUGAAGGAUAUCCUGGACACGGAAAUGGAGACGAAGAUACCACCUAACAGUUUAUCUUGGAUGCGUUGGGCUACGUAUUGCACCAGAUAUUACACAUACUCAGGGUCGUUCAAUGUUGCCGAUUAUCCAGAAUGCGCCACUUGGAUCGUGUUCCCGGUGGUUAUACCCGUGCGAGCCAGCGAAGUAAGUUAAUCUCGCUAUCGAGACGCUGUUUCUAAUCAGAGAUAUCGAUCCACAGAUACAAGAAUUUCGAAGACUGAGAGACAAAGAUGGGAAAUGUAUAAAGUCAAAUUGUCGAGAGAUACAGUUACUAAAGUGUAGACAAAUAUAUUUAGCUGUGCCAAGUUAAUAUAUAUGACAAACAACAUCA